AUGAAAAUUGGCAUGGUUAAUGACAAAGCUUUUCAAGUGGCCAAAAGUCUGGAGACUCAAAUCGAAGGGCUAGGAGGUGGUUACUCCUCUUUUACAGGCAGCAAACUUGAUCCAGCAACAAUAACAGCAGAUGCGCGCAAUCAGGCACUUGAAACGAGCCCAAAAGAGUCGAGAAACAAGGAAAUAGCCGAAUUCUACAUCAAGUACAUGAGCGAGAUACAACGUCUUCCCUGGGACCCCAACGACACCAUGCACAUAGAUGAUGUAUAUGUUAACUUAGAGUGGGUUCAAGAGAAAAAGAAACCAGCAGGUACCAGUUUUGAUCGAAUGCAGGGCUACACAUCAAUAUUUAACGAUACCAAACAAGGUAAAACACCAAAGAGAAUAUUGGUAAGAGGGAAAGCAGGCAUCGGCAAAACCACAUUUACACAAAAAAUGGCAACAGACUGGGCAAAUGCAAUAUUGGGUUCAACAACUUGUGAAGGGAUACUUUCAAACUAUAAAUACCUUUUAAUUUUAAAUCUUCGCAGCAUUCUGCGACAUCAAACACUCAAGGAAGCAAUUGAAAUGCAAAUUCCUUGCUCAGCAGAAAAAGAAGUGAUAGAGGAUAUCAUGUGUGCUCUGAAUAAAGAUCGUAACAAAGUGCUACUGGUCUUUGACGGCUAUGAUGAAUAUGAUCCCAACACUUCCAAAGAAAUCAUAGACAUCAUUCUUGGCAGACAAUACCCGGGAGUUUGCACCGUCAUCACAUCACGUCCAUGGAAGGCAGAAGAAUUGAUGAACAGAAGAAUAACGGACGGUGUGUAUGAAAUCACUGGGUUAACAGAGGACAACAUACAUGAAUACGUUGCUAAAUUCUUUGACGAUGGACAAGCAUACCUGGAAUUGAGAUCAAAAGGAGCCUUCAGUCAUUCAAUGGUUGAGUCACGUCAUGCAAUAGGGAAAUGUCUCAUAGGUUACCUAGAAAGAAGGAAGCUUAUGUCCCUGGUCAAGAUUCCAAUAAUUUUACUUUUCAUUUGUCUUAUGUGGGAAGGGAAUCAGACAAGCGACACCACAGCAGUUUCACUCCCAGCUUCAUACACACUACUGUAUGAAAAACUUUUGAGGUUGAUAAUAAGACGAAAAAAUAAAAUCGAGAAGGAAAGUGAAGUGGACAAAUAUCUUGAAGAACUGAAUGAUACUUUUUUGCAACUUGGUAAACAAGCAUUACAUGGAUUGCUGAAACCAGGUGGGGGUCUCACAUUUGAUGAAGGAGACCUCCAGUCAAUUCCAGAUAUCUACGAACUGUACAGUUUGGGGCUCCUCAGCAGGUCCAAGGUGCACUGUAAUUUUGAUGUUAAAAAAGAAGUAACAUUUCUUCAUAAAACAAUUCAAGAAUUAUUUGCUGCAAAAUAUUUUGCCAGGACAAUCGACAAUAAUUUAGAUAAGUUCUUGGGAUGCUUUAACACCCUUGGCAGGCUCCAUGACAUGGACUACGUGUUGCGAUUCUUGUGCGGGUUAUCAGAGACAGCAACUAUUAAGGUUCUGCGUACAGCUAAUGCCCUGUUUGGUAAAGAAUCAAAGUAUUCUUCGUGGAGAAUAAAUUACACUGAUAAUUAUUGCAAGUAUGGAGAGUGGCUUCAAAAUCUCCUCCUAGAACAUUGGUACGCCCAUUGUCCCUAUGGAACAGUGCUACCCCCUGAGAUUAUCCACUCAGCCAUCUCCUGGCACACGGUGCUUUACAUACCUGGAUUUUUUCGCCACUCUGAUCCCAGAUUCCAGCGGGCCCUGUGGGAUAGUAUAGACAGUGCAUUUAGCAGUCCCCAGACAUGUGCUGUUACACUCACGGAUGUGACAAAAGUCCAGGUAGACAUCGACAGAUAUAAUACAUUUAAUUUUGAAGCAGAAAAUGAAAACUCAUGGCAUAAGCUAUUAUCUAUAUUCAAAACGUGUUACAUGUCCGAGAAACUAGAAGAGAUAUCUUGGUUGAUAGAGUCACACACAUGUGAUGUUUGCAAAUGUGCAUUAAAAAAUGUUUUAUCAAAAGCUCCUUACCUUCGGACACUUAAAAUAAAAUGUCAUUGUAAAGGAGUUCUAGCGUCAAUACCAAACCCCGGGAAUCUGGUACAUCUUGAGGCCAGAAACAUAAAUGACCAAGACAUCCAGGUGAUCCAACAGAUGGAGUCAUUGCAGUUCAUUUCUGUAAAAGGAGAUAGAUUAUCAAAAGACCCCGCACCAGUACUAGGGACACUGCCUAAUAUCAGUCAUGAUUGUACCUACAGGUACAUAGACAUUGGCCAUAUCUAUCUUGGCGCUAAGGGUGUAAAACUUCUGGGGAGGAACCUUCGCCAUAUGCCAAAGCUGUACCAUCUGGGACUAAAAAGCGUAUUGAAAAGAGGACCCGAGUGUGAGUCUAGCAGGUGUACAUGUCCUAGAGGUAAAGAUACAACACAAUGCGACAUAUGUAAGGAUGUCUGUGAAGCCGUCCGUGAACUGAGCCAAGGUGUGAUACACACCACUUAUCUGAUGUACUUCUCAUUCCGUGGUAAUAACUUAGCUGUGUACCACGGUAUCAAGGAUCCACUGACAGGAUUAAUGGAAUCUCUCCAAACAGUGUCAGGGUAUGCUCGACUGAAUAUUGACAUGCGUGAAAAUGGUCUGGAUUAUUACAUAAUUCGAAAUUAUUUUGGAUUAAGUCAUUGA